AUGGCACAGCCCAAUGAAACAGAGACAUUUGAAAACGAGUCAAAGAGAAUAAGAAACUUAACAACUCCAGCGCAGGAGGAAUAUGAACAAAGAGUCUUCAGAUUUACGAAGCAAUUGUCUGACAUAAAGCGAGACAUCGAUGAAGUCGGAACUUGUUUUGACAGUUCGAAAGACGAUUUAAGCUCACUUUCAUCAAUCAAAGAAUUUGUUAAGUCAUGCGAGAAAGCAUAUAUGGAACUUUCCAACAAAUUUUUGGCGUAUCUGAAAAGUGUACGAUCUUAUGAAAGUGAAAAUGAGGAAUCAUCACAUAGACUGAUUAGAGAGACCACACUGUGUAAAAUCAACUUGAUGACGAGGAGAUUAGACACUCUUCUCAACCCACCACCUGCAUCUCAACAUAGUCAGCGAUCCAGAUCCUCGGCGAAAUCGAAUGCAAGUUACGUGGAGAGGAAGGAGGCAGAACUCAAAGCUGCCAUCAUGAAGAAGAAAUUCUUGGCGGAAGAAACACAAAUAUUACGCCAAAGAGCAGACCUCGAAUCGCGACUAAAGGCCAUCAAGGUUGAGGAGGAGAUCCAAACAAAACGGGCGCAGGUCUACGCGUUAAAACAGCACUCGACCGUCAUGACAGACUUUCACCUCCCAUCAGAGGAUCCAGUGUCGAGGACUCAGCAUUAUGUCGAUAGUUUGUCGCAAAAACAUGUGCCACGUUACGAAUCAUAUCUUGAUCAGCAUCAACACGUAGGAAACCCUGCGUCAGAAUCACCCAUGCAGGUUCAACCUGCACGUCUUUCAUUCAACGACACCCAACAGGAUUUGAACGUGACCCCGUCUGAGGAACUAGACUUACUCGUCCGCUAUCUUGGAAACAACUCUUCCAGGCAAGCAGCAACGAUUCGAAAAUGCAACGCUGAUAGCCCCACCAACGCCCUAAGAUUGGUUUGGGAAAGACUGGAGGAGCGAUUUGGUGCACCCGAACUUGUUGAAAGCUCCCUUAGGCGUCGGAUUGCGUCAUUCACCAAGAUCGGAGCUCAGGAUGCAAGGAGGCUAUAUGAUCUUGUGGACUUAGUGGAGGAAGUAGCAGCAGUAAAGCGCCAGCCACAGUACACGUCACUCUUUGCGUAUUAUGACUCUCCGACUGGAAUCAACCCACUUGUCCUCAAACUUCCCACCACGUUACAAGAUAGAUGGACAGUGGAGGCUACGAAGUAUAAAAAACGUGAAGCUAUGGUGUAUCCACCCUUUACAUUCUUCGUCGGGUUUCUCAAGGAAAUCGCCAGAAUGAAAAAUGAUCCAAGUUUCGAUUACAGCAGUAAUAGUGAGGGGCCGUCAGUGAACCACAUACAGAUUUCAAGGAAGUCAGCAGUAGUUGCUGUCAAGAAAACGGAAACUCUGAUCCCCGCUAAACCUGAUUCUAGUGAACAUUGUGACUUGCCGAGGUGUCCUCUUCAUCACACAAGGCAUUCACUUAAUGAAUGCAACACGUUUCGUUCCAAGCCACUUGAGGAGCGGAAAAAAUUCAUCAUGACACAUGGGUUGUGUUUUAAGUGUUGUGGACCGACGAAGCACAGAGCAAAGGAUUGUACAAACUCUAUAAAGUGUUGUGUUUGUAGUGGACCACACCCUGGUGCUCUCCAUGAAACUAAUCGUCGCCAAGAGAAGGUUAAAGGUACAGUCGUGCACGAAGGGGAGGAACGAGAGAAAACAUUUUCUUCAGCCUGUACACAAAUCUGUGGAACAAUUACAGGAACCAGCAAAUCAUGCGCGAAAAUAGUUCCAGCCAAAGUUUACCUUGAGAACUCAAACCAGAAGCCAAGGACAGUUUAUGCACUUAUUGAUGAUCAGAGCAAUCACACACUAGCAUCUUCGUCCCUUUUUGAUGCCUUCGACCAAAACACUCCUGAUCAUGAGUACACUCUCGUGUCGUGUUCUGGACCAAUCAAAACUUCUGGCAGAAGAGGAACAGGGUUCAUCAUAGAGUCCUUGGACGGAAGAUGUUCGUUUAAACUUCCAACUCUCAUCGAGUGUGCAGAACUACCAAACAACCGUGAAGAAAUUCCAUCACCACAUGUGGCCAAACACUUCACUCAUCUUGCAGACAUCGAGGAAUGCAUUCCCGAACUGUUGGACAAUGUAGAAGUUGAGAUCUUGAUUGGAAGGGAUCUUAUCGAUGCUCACGUUGUGCAAGAUCAACGUGAAGGAACUCCUGGAAUGCCUUACGCUCAAAAACUUCCCCUUGGAUGGGUGAUAAUUGGUCCAGUGUGCCUUGGAGCUCUGCAUAUCCCCGACAAGAUAACUGUCAACAAAACGUUUAUCUUGGAAAAUGGUCGGCCUUCUAUGCUGCGACCUUGCGAAAAUAAAUUGGUGAUUAAGGACAACAUUUUCAUGAAAACUGAACACGACGAAAAAGUUUCUCCUUCGAUAGAAGACAAGAUAUUCCUGGAGCUUAUGGACAAAGGUUUCCAGAAGAACUCUGACGGGCGCUGGGAAGCACCACUUCCAUUUCGUACCGAAAGGCAGCGAUUACCAAACAACAAGUCACAAGCAGUCAAUCGGGCGCUCUCACUUGAUCGUAGUCUGAAACAUAACCCUAUCAAGAAAGAGCAUGUAACAGCAUUUAUGAACAAGAUAUUCGAGAAAGGACAUGUGGAGGAAGCCCCACCUGUACCUGACACAAAAGAGCAGUGGUACCUGCCCAUGUUUGGUGUAUAUCACCCACAGAAAAGAGACUCAAUACGAAUGGUGUUCGAUUCCUCAGCGAAAUUUAACAACAUGUCACUUAAUGAGAUACUCCUUAAAGGCCCCGACAUCACGAACAAUCUUCAAGGAAUUUUGUUACGCUUUCGUCGAGAAAGAGUUGCUGUGACUGGAGACGUGGAGCAGAUGUUUCACAAUUUUAAGGUGAAAACAGAUCAUCGAGACUACUUGAAGUUUCUCUGGCAUCCAGAGAAUGAUCUAGAUCUGCCACUUAAGGAGUACAGAAUGACUGUGCAUGUUUUCGGGAAUAGACCCUCUCCAUCAGUUGCUACUUAUGGAUUGCGUCGUUCUGCGGCUCACUCGGAGCCAGAUGUGAUUGAUUUCGUAUCUCGAGACCUCUAUGUUGAUGAUGGCCUCCUAAGUUGUCCAAGUGAAGAAUCAGCUGUCGACCUGAUGAAAAGAACUCAGCUUGCCUUAAGAGAAGGGGGACAACUUAGACUUCACAAAAUCUCUUCAAACUCAAAAUCAGUGCUGUUGAAGUUUCCAGUAGAUGACCUAGCCAAAGAUCUGAAGGAUUUGGAUAUUGGUAAAGAAGAUCUACCUAUUCAGAGAAGUCAUGGGACAUCAAUUCUGAUGCAUUCGUCUUCAAGAUAUCUUCCGAACAGAAGCCCUUUACGCGCAGAGGAGUCUUAUCAACUAUCAAUAGUUUAUUUGACCCUCUUGGAUUUGCAUCUCCAGUGA